AUGAAGUUUCAUAUUUCGUUCUUUCUUAUAUUAUAUAUUGUAUUUUUUAAAAAUACAAUAAAGAGUGAAACCACUACAGAUGAAUCUGCCACAGGAUCAUUAUCAUCCGAUGGUUCAAGUGUAACAACACAAGAAAGAAUUGAAAAACCAAAACAACAACCAGCAUUACCAACUUCAGCACAAGAAACACAAUCCCAACAACAGCAACAACAAAAAGAAGUAGGAAGUGGUAUAGGAGCAGAACAAAAAGUAGAAUCAGCAAGACCAGGUGUAGAAGAAUCCCAAUCAGAUGUCGAAAGAACAGGAAGAUCAUCAGGAACAGGAGGAACAAAGAUAUCACCUGGAUCACAAGGGCAAGGCAAAGUAGCAGGACCACAAUUACCACAAUCCUUUGAACAAAGUAGAAAUCAACAAUCAUCUUCCGUAACAUCAAAAAGAAAUGACAUUUCACCAAUUAAUGCAAAAUCCCCCGAGUCUGUUCUUCCCGCAGCUCAAUCAUACACAAACUUGAACAAAUCCACUAUCCCUCCCACAAUUCCUAUAAAAUCUUCUUUUUUAAAAUAUUAUAAGGGAGUAAAAAUCACUGGUUCAUGUGGUGUACAAUUUCAAUUAGUUAUUGUACCCCACGUGUUUAUUAUUGUGGAAACAAAUGAAAAUAAUAUUCAAUUGGAACCUCGAUUUAUGAAAUUAAAUGAAAGAAUAGAUUUUGAAAAGGAUAAAUACAAAUUAAAGAAUAAGUGUGAUGUUAACAAAAAACAAACAUUUAAAUUUAUAAUGUAUCUUCAACAUGAUUUGAUAACUAUUAAAUGGAAGGUAUAUGAAGAAAAACCUGACACCACUACUACGAUAGCUCCAGAUCAAGUAGAUUUAAACGUUGAUGUCAAAAGAUAUAAAUUACCAAAAUUAGAUCAACCAGUUAUAUCUAUUCAAAUACAUACUCUUGCACAGGAUGGAGAAACAUAUUUAAUGGAAAGUAAAGAUUACAACUUACAAGAUCAAAUACCAGAAAAAUGUGAGGCCAUCACUUCUGAUUGUUUCUUAAGCGGAAAUAUUGAUAUUGAAAAGUGCCUCCAAUGUACAUUAUUAGUUACUAAGGCUGAUAAGAAUGAUGAAUGUCUUAAAUAUGUAUCUAAAAAUAUAAAAGACAGAUUUGAAGAAAUUUUAACAAAGGGAGAGGACCAUGAAGAUUCCGAUGAAUAUGAUCUUAUAGCAUCUGCAAAUUAUAUAUUAAAAAAUAUUUACAAAAAAAAUGAUACAAAUGGAAAAAAAGAAUUAUUACAUUUCAAAGAUAUAAAUAAUAAUUUGAAGUUAGAAUUAAUAAAUUAUUGUAAUUUAUUAAAGGACAAUGAUGUAAGUGGUAUACUAACAUAUGAAAAAUUGGGUAAUGUACAAGAUAUAUUUAAUAACUUAACAAAAUUAUUAGAAGAACAUAAAGAAGACAACAAUUAUGUACUUUAUCAUAAAAUGAAAAAUGAAGUAUUGUGUUUAAAAAAUGUAAAUGAUUGGAUGAAAAAUAAAACAGGAUUAAUAUUACCACAAUUAAAAUAUUCUUUAUAUACGUUUAAUAAGAAUAAGGAAAAUUAUAUUAAGGAAAACAUUUUUGAAGAAGAUGAAAAUGGAAUUCUUGAUUUAACAAAAUUCCCAGUAGAUACAAGUUAUUCAUCAUUUAAUUAUGCAGAUAGUUUAUAUUGUAAUCAUGAAUAUUGUAAUAGAUUAAAAGAUCAUAAUAAUUGUAUAUCCAAAAUAAAUGUAGAAGAUCAAAAAAAUUGUGCCUUGUCAUGGGCCUUUGCAUCUAAAUAUCAUUUUGAAACUAUUAAAUGUAUGAAAGGAUAUGAACCUAUAAAUACAUCUGCCUUAUAUGUCGCAAAUUGUCUUAAAAACAAAAAUAAAGAUGUAUGUAUUGAAGGAUCGAAUCCUUUAGUAUUCUUAGAAACAGUUGAAGAAAAGGGAUUCUUGCCAACAGAAUCGAAUUAUCCAUAUGAUCAAUCUAAAGUUGGAGAUAUAUGUCCGCAAGUACAAAAUGAAUGGGAUAAUGUAUUCGAAAAUACAAAAGUAUUAGAUUAUAACAAUGCACCUUUUACUGUCGGUACUAAAGGAUAUAUUGCCUAUGAAAGUGAAGCAUUUCAGAAAGAUAUGCAUUCAUUUGUUAAAUUAAUUAAAGAUGAAAUAAUGAACAAAGGUUCAGUUAUUGCUUAUGUAAAAGCUGAAAAUGUUUUGGGUUAUGAACUAAACGGAAAGAAAGUUCAAAACUUAUGUGGUGAUAAAAAACCUGAUCAUGCAGUUAAUAUUGUUGGUUAUGGUAAUUAUAUAAAUAAUGAAGAUGAGAAAAAAUCCUAUUGGAUUGUAAGAAAUAGUUGGGGUAAAUAUUGGGGAGACGAUGGUUACUUUAAAGUUGAUAUGUAUGGACCAUCAACAUGUGAAGAUAAUUUCAUUCAUAGUGUAGUUAUAUUCAAUGUUGAAGUACCUGUAAAUGAAAAUUUCGAUAAGAAGGAGCAUGAUAUAUAUAAUUACUACUUGAAAAACUCUCCAGAUUUUUACCACAACAUAUACUAUAAAAAUUAUAAUUUAGAAAACCAUGUGUCACCAAUAAGUACAUGGAGUAAGGGAUUGCAUAAUAAAUUAUAUAAUGACAAUUUGAUUUGGGGGCAAGAAACUACAGAUCCUAUUGGAGAAGGAAAACUGCCCGCAUCUGAAGCAGGACAUCUACGUGGGGAGGGAAAAGGAAAUUCAGAGGAAAAUCAAGGUCAGGGUUCGAGUGCAAAUGGAGCUAUAAGUUCAAGUCAAAGUACCGAUGGAAAAAAUACGAAACAAGGAGAAUCUAAAGAUGACGGUGUAGCAUUAUCUGCAUCAACCGAUGGAAAACCGAAUACAUCAUCUUCUGCAGUAGACACAAAUGAUCAAAGAAGUUUACCAAAUCCAGGAGCUACAUCUCUACAACCUCCUUCAGUACAAAUUCCUAACCAUGAAGGUACCUCUGCUCCAGGAAGAACACGAACUCCACAAGUUGUAUCUCCUACAGAUGCAGAAAAAAGUAGAAAAGCUCAAAUAUUUCAUGUUUUAAAACAUAUUAAAAAUAGCAGAAUAAAGAUGGGAUUAGUUAAAUAUGAUAAUUCUGACAACAUUGGUGGUGAUCACGUAUGUUCUAGAACUUAUGCUGUAAAUCCUGAAAAACAAGAAGAAUGUGUGAAAUUUUGUGAUGAAAAUUGGGAGAAUUGUAAAAAUAAGCCUUCCCCAGGAUAUUGUCUAGCUAAAUUAAAAAACACAAAUGAAUGCUUCUUCUGUUAUGUAUAA